ACCGGGUCCCGGCGCCAUGGGGGCGGAGAAGAGGCUGUUGCCGAUUAAGGAGGCCUUCCAGCUGGCGCAGCAGCCGCACCAGAACCAGGCGAAGCUGGUGGUGGCGCUGAGCCGCACCUACCGCUCGGUGGAUGAUAAAACAGGUUUUUAUGAGGAGUUUGUUCAUUACCUUAAAUAUGCUAUGGUGGUCUAUAAACGAGAACCAGCUGUGGAGAGGAUAAUAGAAUUUACAGCAAAGUUUGUUACUUCAUUUCACCAAUCAGAUAUGGAAGAUGAUGAAGAAGAGGAAGAUGGUGGCAUUUUAAAUUAUUUGUUUACUUUUCUAUUAAAGUCUCAUGAAGCAAACAGCAAUGCAGUUAGAUUUAGAGUGUGCCAGCUCAUAAACAAGCUCUUGGGAAAUAUGCCAGAAAAUGCCCAGAUUGAUGAUGAUUUGUUUGAUAAAAUUAAUGAAGCCAUGCUUAUUAGAUUGAAAGAUAAAAUUCCAAAUGUAAGGAUACAGGCAGUUCUUGCUCUUUCGCGCCUUCAGGAUCCCAAAGAUGAUGAAUGCCUGGUGGUUAAUGCAUAUGCUACUUUGAUUGAAAAUGAUUCAAAUCCAGAAGUUAGGCGGGCAGUGUUAUCGUGUAUUGCGCCAUCAGCAAAGACUUUGCCAAAAAUUGUAGGGCGCACCAAGGAUGUGAAGGAGGCUGUCAGAAAGCUGGCUUAUCAGGUUUUAGCUGAAAAGGUUCACAUGAGAGCUAUGUCCAUUGCUCAGAGAGUAAUGCUCCUUCAACAAGGUCUUAAUGACAGAUCAGAUGCUGUGAAACAAGCAGUGCAGAAGCAUCUUCUCCAAGGCUGGUUACGUUUCACUGAAGGAAAUAUAUUAGAGUUGCUUCAUCGUUUGGAUGUGGAAAAUUCUUAUGAAGUGGCAGUCUCUGUUCUCAAUGCCUUAUUUUCAGUGACUCCUCUUAAUGAACUGGUAGAAAUCUGUAAAAAUAAUGAUGGCAGGAAAUUGAUUCCAGCAGAUACAUUAACUCCUGAAAUUGCUUUGUAUUGGCGUGUCCUUUGUGAAUAUUUGAGAUCAAAAGGAGAUGAAGGUGAAGAAUUUUUAGAGCAGAUUUUGCCAGAGCCUGUAGUAUACGCUGAGUAUUUACUGAGUUAUAUUCAGAGCAUUCCGGUUGUUAAUGAAGAACAGAGAGGUGAUUUUUCUUAUAUUGGCAAUUUGAUGACAAAAGAGUUCAUAGGUCAACAAUUGAUUCUAAUUAUCAAGUUUCUGGAUACCAAUGAAGAAGGAGGAAGGAAACUACUGCUGGCUAUCUUGCAGGAGAUUCUUACUCUACCCACCACCCCAAUAUCCCUAAUUUCUUUUCUUGUUGAGAGACUGCUCCACAUGAUUAUAGAUGAUAAUAAGAGAACACAGAUUGUUACAGAAAUUAUCUCAGAGAUUCGGGCACCCAUUGUUACUGUUGGUGUUGAUAAUGAUCCAGCUGAUGCAAGAAAGAACGAACUCAAGAUGGCUGAAAUAAAAGUUAAACUUAUUGAGGCGAAAGCAGCUUUGGAAAAUUGCAUUAACUUACAGGAUUUUAAUCAAGCAUCAGAAUUAAAAGAAGAAAUAAAAGCAUUAGAAGAUGCCAAAAUAAACCUAUUGAAAGAGACAGAGCAACUUGAAAUUAAAGAAGUCCACAUAGAGAAGAAUGAUGCUGAUACACUACAGAAGUGUCUUAUUUUGUGCUAUGAACUGUUGAAACAGAUGUGCACUUCAACAGGUAUAGGUGCAACCAUGAAUGGCAUCGUUGAGUCUUUGAUUCUUCCUGGGAUAGUAAGUGUUCAUCCUACAGUAAGAAAUCUGGCUGUUUGGUGCUUGGGAUGCUGUGGACUACAGAAUCAGGAUUUUGCAAGUAAACACUUUGUAUUACUAUUGCAGGUUUUGCAAAUUGAUGAUGUGACAAUAAAAAUAAGUGCUUUAAAGGCAAUCUUUGACCAACUGAUGGCAUUUGGAUUUCAACCAUUUAAAACGAAAAAAAUCAAAGCUAUUCAAAGUGAAGGUGCAGAAGUAAACACUAAUGAAGAGCAAGAGUCAAAAGAAUCUGAAGAGGCUGAUACAACCAAGAAUGUUCUGAAACUACUUUCUGAUUUUUUAGAUAGCGAGGUGUCUGAACUCAGGACAGGAGCUGCAGAAGGACUAGCCAAGCUGAUGUUUUCUGGGCUUUUGGUCAGCAGCAGAAUUCUUUCUCGUCUUGUCUUGUUAUGGUACAAUCCUGUGACUGAAGAGGAUGUUCGACUUCGACAUUGCCUAGGCGUGUUCUUCCCGAUGUUUGCUUAUGCAAGCAGGACUAACCAGGAAUGUUUUGAAGAAGCGUUUCUUCCAACUCUACAAACACUGGCCAAUGCCCCUGCAUCUUCUCCUUUAGCUGAAAUAGACAUCACUAAUGUUGCUGAGUUACUUGUAGAUUUGACAAGACCAAGUGGAUUAAAUCCUCAGGCCAAGAAUUCCCAAGAUUAUCAGGCCUUAACAGUUCAUGACAAUCUGGCUAUAAAAAUUUGCAAUGAGAUCCUAACAUGUCCAUAUUCACCAGAAAUUCGGGUCUAUACGAAAGCCUUGAGUUCUUUAGAACUCACUAGCAGUCUUGCUAAAGAUCUUCUGGUUCUACUGAAUGAGAUUCUGGAGCUAGUAAAAGAUAGAACAUGUGUGAGAGCUUUGGAGAAAAUCAAGGUUCAGUUAGAAAAAGGAAAUAAAGAACAUGGUGACCAAGUUGUAGCGGCACAGGAUGACAACACAACUACAACUGUUUUUCAAAGUGAAGAUGAAAACAACAAAGAAGUAUAUAUAACUCCUGUCAAGGAUGUAAAAGCAACCCGAAUGAAAUCCACUCAGCAAAAGACCAACAGAGGACGGAGAAAAGUGAUAGCUUCAGCUAGAACGAACAGGAGACGUCAGACUGUUGAGGCUGAGGCUGACUCUGAAAGUGAUCAUGAAGUUCCAGAGCCAGAAUCAGAAAUGAAGAUGAGACUACCAAGACGAGCCAAGACAGCAGCACUAGAAAAAAGUAAACUUAACCUUGCAUAAUUUCUCAGUGAAGAUAAAAAUUAGGGGAAGAUAUGAUGGAGGUGGAGUCCUUUGAAAAAUGUCCAUUAAAAUUAUGUUCAUUUCUUUGCUUUAAUAAAGUUACCCUUGUAUGAAAACUAGAAGAAGUCUGAUUCUUGUAGAACUUUCUGCUGUGUGAUUCCACAUUACUUUAGCCUGUAUUGAAGCAGUGAGACAGCGUCCAUCAGUGUGCUCCACAGACCAUCUCCAUCAGUCAUGGAUUUAAUCAGAAUCUAAGGUGGGCCCAGGAAUGCUACAUGCAUGAGUAAUUUUUUUCCUAGAAU